GUCACCUAUACAGUAAAUAAGUUUUGGCGGUUAUACAAAAAGAAACAAAAUCAUAAUUGUAGUAAUUACCAAAUUAAGCUUGGAAUCCUAAUCUGAUAGUCACCCAAAAAUAAUUAUAGAAUAAAUAAAUAUAAAUGGAUCAUCUUGAAGAUAACGAUGAAAUUCUUGUUAGUCCUGAGUAUACGCCGAAAAGAUUAACAAGAAACAGAACAAAACCUAAGAAGUAUGAUGAAUUCUUAGACAUGACUCCAGUUAAAAGAAAAAAUUAUGCAUAUGUUGAAAGUUCUGAUGAAGAAAUUCAAGAGAAUACUCCAAAACCCAAAGUGCUUUUUGGUAAUGAUGAUGUUGACGGACAAGAUAUCUUUAAGUUUAAAUCCCGUCACACUAAAAAUGAUCUUUAUAAUAAAGCAAAGGCAGUUGUUAGUAGUUCUAUAAACUCACCAAUGAAAACUCCAAGAAAAAAAUUACUACAAAAAGUUAAUGAGGCAACUCCGAGACAUGUGGUUAACAUCAUGAAGAAAAAAAUAAUUCAAGCAGUGCACAGUAAUAGCUCAGACAGUGAUUUCUCUGGCAGUAGCAGUGAUUUUAUACCAGACAAAAGCGGAGAUGAGAGUAGUUCUUCAUCUUCCGGUACAGAUUCCGAGGUUGAAGAAGAAGAGGGAAUCAGCAAAAAAGGCAAUGUUCAAAUUACAAAACACAGGAAUAACAGAUCAAAACCAAAAGAUACUGAAUAUUUUGUUACGCCCGACAAUUAUUUUAUGAUGAAUUCUAGUAAGAAAAUUACAACUUCAGAUCAUACGUUAGCUAGACUUAAGAUGAUGAAUAUCAAUGAAAACAUGAAGGAGGUAGCAGCUCAUAUGUCUGAACUACAUCGCGAUAAAGUCGGCGAUCUCGUGCAAACCUACGACCAGCUGUUUGACAAAUGGCUCUACGUUUUAAGUGAAAAUUUCAAUGUAAUUCUCUAUGGCAUUGGAUCAAAACGUGCAGUAUUACAACGGUUCCAAACAGAGAAAUUUCAAGAUACGCCAUGUAUAGUAGUGAACGGUUUCUUUCCCAGCCUCACCAUUAAGAACAUUUUAGAAACAGUCGUCAUCGACUUCUUAGAGAAUACGCACGUUCCGUCCAAUAUUGGAGACGUUGUGAGUUUAAUAGAAGCCCAACUGGACGAGUUAGGUGUUGACUUAUUCCUUAUAGUUCACAACAUUGACGGUAACAUGCUAAGGAAUUCUAAGGCGCAGUCUGUCCUAGCAAGCUUGGCGCAGUUGAAGAAUGUUCAUUUGAUCGCGACGAUCGACCAUAUCAACGCACCACUUCUAUGGGACCAUUCAAAACUCAGCAAGUUUAAUUUUACCUGGUGGGACGUCACGACAUUUUUGCCGUACGUGGACGAGACGUCAUACGAGAACUCGCUCAUGACGCAGCGCAGCGGCGCGCUGCAGCUGUCGUCGCUGAAGAGCGUGUUCCAGUCGUUGACCUCUAAUGCCAAGGGGAUAUUCGAAAUCAUUAUCCAAUACCAACUUGAAAAUCAGAAACAAGUCCACUAUCAAGGUCUGCCAUUCAAGGAUUUGUAUUCAAAAGCUCGUGAGCAGUUCCUGGUAAGCUCAGAUCUUGCUCUAAGAGCUCAGCUUACAGAGUUUUUAGAUCAUAAAUUAGUUAAAAUAAAAAGAACCUUAGAUGGUAGUGAAAACCUAGUCAUACCCAUUGAAAGUUCUUUACUACAGCAAUUUUUGGAUCAACAAAUUAAAAUACAGUGAUUGUGUCUUUAUAAGACAUUUUUUAUAAUUAAUGUGUAUUUUCUUGUCAUUGUCGUUUGUUUAUACUUACAAAAGAAAAAGUUUUUGAUUGCAAAAAUAACCUAUUGUAGAUAUAUUUUUAUUGCUAUCAAAAAUCCUAUAAAAGCUAUAUAUAAAGCAUUCUUUUAUCCUUCAUGGAACCACAUGAACUGAUUUCUUUUCUUAAAUCAUGAGAUCCUAAAAGUUGCAGUACUUCUUUUUUAAUUUAUUAAUGGCAGUCAACAAUCC